GUUUGUUUUUAAUUUGGAUCAGUGGGUUUUUUAUUUGGUUUAGUGGUGUGUUUUUUUUUAAAUAUUAGACACGAUAACUUUGAACAAACACCACGAUCUUCUUUUUUUUUAAAUUUUAUUUUAUCUAUUUUAUUUUACAUAUUCUUUUUUUUUAUUAAGGUGAAAAAAAACUUGUAUGUUAGGCCUAAGAAGAGAUAUCAGUAUACAUUCUCGAUUCGGUUGAUUUACGAUCGUGACUGUCCCUGCGUUUGGCGGUACGUUCUUAUCGUGAUAAACGUUUUACCGUUUUGGCGCCUUUAGAAUGGUUGCAGAUUUCAUACUAGUUCUGUUGGUGGGACUAUUGAUAACACAGACAGCCCCAGCAGCCCCAACCUUCAGUCGUGGAAUCAAUGUCGGCGAUAUAAGUGAUCACCGCAUUACCGAGUCCUCUGGUCUGGCCUCUAGUCGGAUCCACUCCAAUGUCCUCUACACACAUAACGACAGGGGUGACUCAUCCAGGAUUUUCGCGUUGGACGCCAACUCCGGACAUGUCCUUGCGGAACUGAACAUCAACAAUGCCAGGAAUUAUGAUUGGGAGGAUAUUGCCGUGGGGGUGUGUCCAGGCACACCUACAAAAUCCUGUAUUUACAUAGGAGACACUGGUGACCACUCUGGAGAUGGAAGUGUGAAAAACAUUUACGUGGUGAAUGAGCCAGUCUUGCUAAAGGAUGGAAGCCUGAACCCAAUUAUUACCCUCCAUUAUGAAUGGAAUGUUGUGGACUGCGAAACGAUAAUGGUAGAUCCUAGUGGUAACGUGAUUCUCAUCAGUAAAGUUGACGGGGGAAAUGGCCAGAUAGGAAAAAUUCCUGCAGCGGCUUUCCAAAACAACGCAAUUUACCAAAUACCGAAGUCAGCCAUCCUAAACAUCCCCUGGACAUCCCACUACGACCCCGUGGGUGGGGAUAUCUCCCCGAAUGGCCGUGAAGUUCUGCUGAGGACUCAUAAUUCACUAUUUUACUGGAGGGUUGAUAGCAUGGACUACUUAACUACCCUUAGUACUGUGGACCCCGUGGUGGUUUCUCAUGUCAAAGAACACCAGGGCGAGGCUGUCGCGUGGGACACCCUUGGAAACGGUUACUUCACGUGCAGUGAGGGACAUAACCAACCGAUCUACUAUUUCAGGCGUGCUUCCAAUUAACAUGGCAGUAGAUGUGACUACCUGUACACUGGGAAAAUAUAGAUCUUUACGCAAUAAAGUCAUUGAUGAAAUUAGAAA